CCGAGGGUAAAGAGCCGCGCCUAGGGAAAGCACAGACCAGCGUGUGCGCGGCGUUACAAGAAGCUAAUCCCUCUGUGACCUGAGUUUUCGAGGUCCAGCUGGGUUUCUUAAGAAAGCUAAAGCCAGUAAUUUUUUUGCCGUGGACGAACUCCAGGUAGGCGACGCGCAGGCGCGAGCGCCCAACACCCGCUCGCGCCCCGGAGCGAUGACCCAUCACUUGGCCGCGACGAAAAGGGUUGACCCUUAGGACCGUCUCUCUCUUUUUCCGGUUCCUGUGCAUACGUCGGUCUUCGUUCACGUCAUCUGUGGCCGCCAGUCGCGUGUGCGACGUCUUGGGGGCGACCAGGAGAAAGCCAAGUAAUCCGUCCAGUGUCCUGCCCUGUGGUAUCUCUGGGUGCAACUGUCGAACGUAUUCCCUGUGCAUGAGCUAUUUUUUUCUCGCAAGCUGUACGCCUGUAUUCGGACCUGUCCACGAUCGUCUUGCGCAGCGUUUAAACAAAUAUCUCUUCUUUUCCGGAUUCAGCCGCCCGCGAGCCCGAAGCGAAAGAUCCCGGACGCAUUUGCGCCUGGCGGCGAAGCUUCUCGGGCGAUUUCCCCCUUGUCCUGCUCUUUCGCCACGGUAUUCUCCACUGUUGUCUGCACUGCCUUCCCAAUCGUUUUCUCCACGCGUUCGGCAGGGGGCAAGCUGAGACUUCCAGCUUCAUUGAAAGUCUGCACCCGUACCGAGCCAGUCGCCGACGACACAGAGCGCCGACGCCUGCUCCUGCACUUGCAUUGCCCCGCAGUUCUCGAAAGAGAAGCGCAGCUUCGUCGUUCAGGCACGCUCCGGUUACCGUUUCCUGCGAACUUCCAGAAGAGGGGAAAGCAGAUUCUGCUUCUCGCAGCCGAAGGGUGUUCAUACGGUGGGUGUGCAGUUCCACAAGCCGACAAGUGCUACGCUCUUCGCUUCGAUCCUUCCCCUACGUGCCUGGCAGUUUUUUCUUCUUCAUCGCUCUUCAUGUUUGUUUUCCACGUCCAGUCCCUGCUUUCGCAUAACGUUUUCUUGCUGCCUGUCUCAGCCAGCCGGCGUGUUGCCCCCGUUUUCAACUUGUGCCAGCGGUGCACCACCAUCGGCGCGUUUUCUUCGUUCUCUUCCGCGCCUUCACCGUCACGCGUUUCAUUUCACAACCACAGCAACGCCCGCUUGCUAUGUCACCUGCGCUGGAAACGAGAAUGUUCCGGACACGGUUCGUUCUUCCGUGUGUCAGGCAAGCAUUUACAGCCCUUCAGGAGGAGUUCCGGUACACACCACGGCUCGCUAAGAAGAAAGCCGUGGCAACGGAGCGACCGACCCGUCUUCUCGAAAACCUGAGCGCUAUUCUUUCGUUAACCCCUUCCAGUCUGUCGACCAACGCCCAGAAUACACAUCUGUAGGAGUCUGCAAACUGACUUGCCUUUACCUAUCCCGUCGGCUCCCCUAGUUCGAAGAGGGUGAGAAAGGUACAUGGUUACCCCGUGGUGCCGGUCGAACUGUUGUCUGCACACAUGCUGCGUUCCUAAGUCCUCGUGGAGGUUCUUCGUCUUCAGCGGGCUGCUCCCAAGACCUUCACGCUCACAUUUUAUCCUUCCUUUCUUGUCCCGCUCCCGAAUUUGCCCACCCUCUUUUUCUGUUCCUGCCCGCCCCCCCCCCCUCCCCCGCCAGUGGAGACCGCAAAAUGGGGUGCGUUUCCUCCGCCGCAGCAGUUCGCGGAAGCCCCGGCGAAGCGGGGAAGGCCGGCUCUAUUCAAGCUACCUCUUCGGGGGUCGGGAGCAGCGCUUCUUGUGGCGCUCCUGCGGUGCAGUCUGGAUGUACUCGCUUCUCCCCCCAAAAUUCCCUCUCCACUCACAUCCGGAAGACACCUUCUCAAGAGAAACUCGCGUCUGGCGGGCACCCGCAGGCGGAGCCCAAGCCGACAGACCCGCCUUCACCGCAGAGGGGGUCUCUACCGACUCCCGCUUCCCCGGGCGAAGCGGAGAAGAAGCCUGAGGAUGCCGCGAUCGAUUCGCCGUGGCGCAGGAGCGAGGUGAAGCAGAAUGCAGCUCCCGAGCAGACAACGAGAGGAGGUCUUGACUCAGAGACGCUGUCUGAGAGCCCCGAUCACAGUUUGAAGAAAUCUCAGUCGUGCGACCCGAAGGACGCGAGGAUACAAGUCCGCCUUGCCAACAGACUGAAGCGGGGCCUCUCCGUGGAAGUGCCUCUUCGCUUUGCUUCCGAUGUCCGGUUUGACAAAGAACUUUCAGUUGAAGGAGCUGCUGCGCUGUCGAUCUUCAGCAGAAAGAGAAGCGACUCUGUCAUGCAGUGGGUUCGAUCCGCAGACGACGAAGACGAGGAUGAAGUGAAGCAGCAGGAGAGCGAAAAUGCUGCUUGAACUCGAGGGUGCAGCGAGGGGAGGUCGCCGGACGAGACUGCAACGCGUUCUACACAUGCUGUAAAAAGGGCCUUGAAGUUCAGGUCUCAAAGUCAGGCAUUUGGGCUCUGGCUCUCAGUCUGCGACGGAGAAACGAAAGAGCCUCGACAUCAGAGGAAACAUUUCCAGGAGCUCUCAUCAGCAGGCAACAAGGUGCAGAGAACGCGAGAGACCUUUCAGUCUAAGACCGGGAACGACAUUUGGACCAGGUUGAGACAAAAGAACCGACAGGUGGCACAGGACUAUGCCUGCAGACGCACCCGUACAUGCAGGUAUAGGCGUACAUACAUGCGUUUGUAUGCCAGGAAAGAGAGGAAAGAGUGCCGAUAGGUUUCGAGAACAGCUGGUCCUUUUAUGGCUUUGUACCUGGAAUGUCCGGGUCGAGUGGAGAACAGUGUGAAUCGUGUAGUUCUGUAAGGGGAUACCGUUUCGACGGGGAGGAAUAGGGUGGCAGAAGCACGGCACAGGGACAGGCGUGACCUGUUUUCGUUACCACGGAAAAUGAAAAUGAAAAACGCAGAGUGUAGGUGCUGGACUGGUCGGUUCGCCUAGCGCGACCUAGAGGGAAGAGAAAAAUGCACGAGGACCUGCGAGAGAGAGCAGGCUAGCGUUUGUGUGUGCUUAUCGCCGUGUACAGCGUUCCACAGAAGGUAAUUGAGAUGGGAGACGGGAAUCGAGGGAAAAACCCGUCUUGCCACAGGCACAGGUGGAAAUCACAAGCUGCGUAACAGACUCCAGACAGCAGGAGAGAAGGACUCUGGAAGAGCAGUCGAGGGAGUCGGUGGAGACUCCUGACUUGUUCAAGCCUGGCAUGCCACCAAAAACACAGAGGGAAGCGAGGAGGGCCUCGAGGCCAAACCUAGAGAGGGUGCCGUGUUGCUGUGAGCCACAGCGGCAGUUGCAUGCGAAUGCGAAUUUUGUUUUGAAUUCUCAAUGGGCUUUUUUUUGUUCGACCAGAGUCGCGCGUCCACGGGUCGACAUCUUGUGUCUUGACUCAUGGCCUUUCAAAAACCUGACAAGGUGAUGUAUUCUCACUUUAACGAAGCCGUGAUCUUGCACUCUGGCC